CUCAAUCAUCCCUCUGCACUGAUUUCGACGACAUCUCUGGCCGACUUCCGAAAAUAUUCGAUCACUUCCGAAGAUAUCCGAAGACGACUCCAAUUGACGUGUCAUGGAGGGAUCCAGUGAGAAAUCGGCCAAGAACAGUACGCCUUACUCUAAAAUGAUGAUGGUCAUUUGGUCAUUUUGGAGCUGGGACCUGCAAAUGCAGGCGGAAGCUCUGGUGAAAAUUUUUUGCGGACUUUGUCCGGUGAUGGCCAGACUUCUGUGCGCCAUAGUUGUGCAGACUCUGCAGGAAACGAUCAACCCCAAAAUUGAGAAACAAGAAAAUGAUGCCAAUAACCCAGACUUUGUAAGACAGCUAUUUGACAGCCACGACAUCGAUUUGGAAAAGUUGUUCGAAUAUCUAGCUUUUCUGAAACCUUCAAAUGUUGAAACGAAACAUGUUUACAUCUCCUUCCUGCCUGCAGUCUUCAGAAACUGCAUUCAACAGUCCACUAAAAUCGACCAGGCUAAAAACCUGCUUCAGGUGGUGUUAAUCCACCCCUCUUUCAGGGACUCAAGAAGGGAGUUUGAGCAUUUCAAAUUUCAACUACUGUACAGUGGCAACGACACAAGAGAGACAGCCUCGGCAUCAGUUCUACCCCCACCCAUGUCGCCCAUUCAAGAAAACGAUGAAAGCAACCAAAAGAAAUUGCUCAGUAAGCAAUUAUCACAAAUUGAGGCAAUUCUGAAGGAUGAGAAACCCGAACAACGUAACUUGCUUGGGGCGGAGAAGGUGCAGAGAAGCAAUGGCGCUUUCACCAAGAGACCACGCAACUUGAAUCCAUGGAAUGAUGGAGCUGUCAGGGAGGAACACACUCCUAAGAACAAUAACAGUAAAUCCGGAAUGAAAGAUCUGUACAAUUGGCUGAAGUUCCUGCGUCUGCAUAAAUACUUCAUCCAAUUCGAGAGGUUGAGCUACGAGGAGCUUCUGUCACUCGAUGAGACCAACUUCGAUAUGCUGGUGCCGGGGGUUACACAGGGUGCCAAAAGGAAGUUCCUCAUCACAAUCGAAGGACUGAGACAGCGCUAUCGGACACUUGUCAGCAUUGAUCAGACUAUUGAGACCAUGUCCGGAGAUUGUCUAUCUUCAGUGAUGGACCAGCUGCAACUAAUGAUUUUUUCGCCCAUGAAGCCUCCAACCGAAGCUUUAAAGAAGACGCCCGACGACAUACCAUACUUUUACUUCCACGUUCUCCGCAAAAUUUUGCUACGCUUACUCGAAAACCGUUUGGGAGACGAUGAAUGCAUCAAACGACUGAGGACCCUUAUCUAUCUGACUUUGAGGAACGAGGCAUUUGCACCCUAUACCCCUGCUUUGAACGCUAUGAAGAGCCGCCUCUAUGCAAACGAACCGUUGAGAAACAGUACGACCGCCACCUACCUGAGAACCGUUUCGCAGCAAGGUGGCUUCCGGAACGCCUGGAAAAGAAACCCAUUGUUGUCUGCGGCACCUGCCACACUCACUCGUCCUCUGUUCAUCCAGAUCCCUGACCUGACACCACAACCCUCAGGCCUACAGGCUGCCGAAUUCGAGCGAAUCAACCACCCUCAGUACGAGUCUCAGGCAGUGGAUGACGUCCCACUAACUCAUGAGGAGUCGAGCAGUGACACACUGUGGCGGGCCGUUGGCUCAGGCGUGCGCAGUCAGCAAAACUCAACCUCUUCAUCGGGAUUCUCAAGCAUGCGCAGUCAGCUAAACUCCACUUCGUCGUCCGGCAUGCGCAGUCAGCAAAAUUCAACUUCGUCGUCGUUCGGUGUCGAUUCGUUCUGGUCCCGCUCUCCACCGGACGAACGGACGGCAACAACGUUCGCCUAUGUCGGUCGCAGCUACAGUGCGGGAGCCGUUGACCUCCGUGCGGAAGCGGGAGCCGGAACGGCAGCCGGCUACGGAGCUACUGCGUCCGCUCAGCAGAGAACUCGUGGACAGUCAUGGAGUGCCGGAGAAACCUACUCAGACUACAAAUUGUUCUCGGACAAUGAUGAAUGCGACUUGUUUAAGGAAAUUUGGAAAGUAGGCCUGAGCGACUGGAAAAGUUAUGAAUUUGAUGAUUUUGGACAUUUUUAAUUGUACGAGUAAGUUUUGUAACUUUAGUUGAAGAUUUUUGUAGAUUAUAAGUCUACUUCUUAGUAUUUUUAUUUAAUAGAUUAUAAGUUUCAAGUUUUCUAUCUCUCUAUUCGAUCGUCUCGAACCGAUGUAUGUUUGGACCUUUUCAAUUUUGUAAUUUUAGUUCCUCAUGAUUAUUGUAAAUAAUGUUCUGAUCUCUUGAGCUAUAAUGAUCGUUCUCAAACAGAUAAGUUCGGACCAUUUUUAUUUUCAAUUGUAAAUUUUGCAAUUUUUUUUAUUGUAAAUUUCAAGUUUUGAUCUCUUGAGUAAAUGAUCGUCUCAAACCGAUAAUAAGUAGUAUGGACCUUUUCAAUCUUUAAUUUCAAGUUUUGUAAUUUUAGUUCAUGAGUUUUGUGAGUAAUGUUUUGAUCUCUUGAUUAAUGAUCGUCUCGAACCAAUAAGUUCGAACCUUUUUGAUUUUCAAUUGUAAGUUUUGUAAUUUUAGUUGACGAUUUAUGUAGAUUGCAAGUUUCAAGUUUUGAUCUUUCUUGAUCUCUUACGCAGAUAAGUCGCACAAAUCACAAUGAAGUGCAGUUACUCUAUUAUGGUAAUCUCGUUAUUAAAAUAUACAAAAGCAAAAUUAUUACAUAAUUAUUAUCACACCAAAGCUAUAGUAACUUCGUUGUUGAAGGACAAAUCACAAAUGUUAUUACCAAGUGCAAUUAGGUACUAUAUGAUCAUUUCGUUGAUAAAAGACCAAAGUACGUAAUAUAUUGCAAUUAUAUCUCACUGAAGUUCAGUUAUGAAUACGGUUGUAAUUUGUUAGUAAAAGACUGAGUAGGUAAUCUUUUGAGACUAAGUAAAAGACUGGAACUGAGUUGGAUGAGACAUUAUCAUAGCCUUAAUAAUUGUAAAGCAAUAUCAAUAAGUAGAAAAUCAUUUCAAAUCCACUGUCAAUAGUUUUUUUGAUAC